AUGCUACCUUCCAUCACUGCAGUCCAACGGUGGCCUGUCUAUGUUCCUGAAUAUGAAAGGAACUCCUAUCACUGUGAUUAUCAGCCUGGAUUCAGUGGAACUCACUGCAAACGUGGAGGAAAUCGAACCUACAGUGAUAUCAAACACCCCUACCCUGGGACUCCAAGUGACUCUUACGUCAUCGAUCCUGAUGGAGAGGGUGGAGAGAAACCUUUUAAAGUCUUCUGUGACAUGGCUGACAAGGACGGUGUUGGAGUGACAGUUGUCAGUCACGACAGUGAAAACAGAACGCUAGUGGAUGGAUUUCAGGACCCCGGCAGUUAUUCGUGCAAUGUCACGUACCAGGGAACCAGUCUCCUUCAGCUGACAAGUCUAACAGCUUCAUCUUCUCACUGUGAGCAGUUUAUAAUGUACGAGUGCUAUCACUCAAAGCUCUUUUGCGAUGGUUACGGCUGGUGGGUAUCACGUGAUGGAGAAGAGAUGAAGUACUGGAGAGGAGUGGAUUCUAUCGAUUACAAAUGCGCAUGCGGCUUGAACCAUACAUGUGCAAACCCUCAGUACGGAUGUAACUGCGACAAACUUGACCAACAAUGGCGAGAGGACAGUGGUUUACCUACCAACAAGUCCAGGCUUCCCGAGAAGCAACUGAGGUUUGGAGAUACCGGCUAUACAAAUAGUGAUCAGGGAUACCACACACUUGAAAAGUUGAAGUGUUUUGGACUCAUAUAGAUCGUAACUGUCUACCCGCUAUUUUUAGACUCGCCUGUUAUAGCACUGUAAAGUAACAUGCUAUCUGUUAUGAUAGUUCGCUGCCUGAAAGGAAUUCCAGGAUGGAUAAAUAUCAGUAGGAAGGUUAAAAUGUUUGGCGCAUGUGUUUUAGCAUAUUAAGCAUAAUUUUAGGCGCCGAAGGCGCCAUUUUCGCUGCUUGUAGUUUUGAGACGGAGAUUGUUAACGGUAUGAAGAGCAUUUUUGAAAACAAUAAACAUGUAGUCCAAAUACCGUGAAAUUGAA